UUAGUGAGACUCACAGUUAUAGGAGAGAAGAACGGACGGAUUUCUGAUAUUUUGAGAGUACUUAAUAAUUAACCAUUUUUCUAUCUUCACAGAAAAAAAAAAAUUAACCAUUUUUUUGGGGUGGGAUUGCUACGCAAUUAAAAAUUAUUGCUUUUGAUGGUCAGUAUCACUUUUUCAUUUUGCUAAAUUUUCUAUCUACUCUCAGGUUAUAAGAAAGAUUUGCAUGGCAUUUUCCUUGUUAUAGUUUUCCUCCAAGAAAUUCUGACAAUGGAGUUCUCUUCUUCCAAAAGUAAUGAGAAAGAAGACCAUAGGUCUGAUCUAAAAACUCUCAACUUAUACAACGAGAUAAUAUCAACCCUCCCAAAAAGAAAAGGAUGGAAAUCAGAUGAACUCUACCAUUAUCAGGGAUUUUGGCACGAUUUCUUCAACUUGGAAGGGCUCUUGUCAGCUCAACAACAUUUCAAGCCACAAACCAACGACAUUAUUUUGAGCAGCUUUCCGAAAACCGGCACAACAUGGCUUAAGGCAUUGUCUUUUGCCAUCAUGACAAGAUCCUCUUUUGACAUUUCUGCAAGCCCUUUGCUCACAACAAUGCCACAUGAGUGUGUACUCUCCUUAGAGGGUGCCCUUGCCCACAAUUCAUUUCACAGGAAUCAAGACACUCCACUUAUAGGUACACAUGUUCCCUACACUUCCUUGCCAAAAUCUAUGAUAGAUUCUGGGUGCAAAAUAAUUUAUAUAUGUAGAGAUCCUAAGGAUACAUUUGUAUCUCUAUGGCAAUUUGCUCGUAAUGCAAGUUUGAAGGGUGUGGAUUCCUCAACCAGCGAAGUUGUUGACUUAGAGAAAGCAUUUGAGUUAUUUUGUGAUGGGGUAACUUAUUAUGGACCAUAUUGGGAUCAUGUAUUAGGGUAUUGGAAAGCAAGCUUAGAAUCUCCUGAGAGGAUAUUAUUUUUAAAAUUUGAAGAUUUAAAAAAAGAAGCCUUGUUUUAUGUAAAGAAAAUGGCUGAAUUUGUGGGUUAUCCGUUCUCUUUGAAAGAAGAAGAAAAAGGAAUGGUCCAAAAGAUUGUAGACCUGUGUAGUUUUCAGAAUUUGUCCGAACUAGAGGUGAAUAAAACUGGACAUCUUCAUGGAAACUUGUUUGAAAAAAGAUUAUUUUUCCGAAAAGGUGAGACUGGAGAUUGGAAGAAUUAUCUUACAUCAACGAUGGCUACACGUCUUGACCAGAUAACAGAGCAAAAACUAAGAAGUUCUGGCUUGACAUUUAAUGCCUAAUCUAACGUUUGAAUUGGUAGAUGCAUGGGAGGUUUGUACUCUUGUAGGAACAUCUGCUCCAUUGUCAUCUAGCUAGGAACUACUUGUUAAUUAGUAGUUAAUAAGGUGUGCAGGAAUAAACCCACGAGUGAUUCCUGUUCACGUGUGUGUGCACUUUUUAUUUUUAUGAUCCUUUGUUCGAAGUAUUUGUUAUGUUUUUUCUCCCUGUUUUGUU